AUGUCUGCUCAUCUGGAAUCAGGCAUCACACCUGCCCAUACCGAUCUCACUCUCACUCUCACGAUGAACGCACCCGCACCCGCAGCGCCAUCGAGGACCAGGACGAAAAGGAAGAGUAUCGAUCGACAGACCAAGUUGGCACACCUCCAGCUCGUGUCAAAGUACUUUGACUAUUCGAACUAUUCGCUGCCGCGCGCGGAAGGAAGCCAGCAGCCCAACCCAUACAGGAGGGCAGGGCACAGUUUCACGGAACAGACGGACGAAGACAUGGAUGCGAUGGAGGCUAGGCCGUCAACGACGAUGACCUCCAGGUCGUUCUCCCGUCACCAGAGCAGGUCGUCCGUGGUCUCCAACUGCUCAACGCCCAGCCUGAUUGAUGACCACUCUGACUCUGAAGUGUCACCCGAUGAUGACUAUCAGUACCACGCCUCGACAUCUCAGCUGUGGGACAGCUUUUGGGUGGCUGGGGAUCAACCCCAUGACUUUGAAGAUCCUCACCACCACGACCAUGACCAGCCACCAAAGACACCGCGGAAAGGUCACGGUGUACCAAAGGCCCGGUAUCCCGCCCUCAUCCCGUCACCACAUAUUCGUCGCACCAAGAAGGCAAGCACUAUCAACUACGAUGACGACCCUCUGCCGCCUAAGCCCAUUGAAUACACCACCAUCGUGAAGCAGCCCACGUUGCCGGCGCAGCAGCCUCCCAGCCUCCCGAAGGGUCGCAACGUGACGUCCGUCGCCGAGAAGCGCACAACGAUCAGGGCUGUUAAAUCAUCCUACAGCCUCUUCCCCAGACCUCAUCAGGCCUCAUACACCUCCACGACGACGACUACCACCACAACAACCAAAUCAUCGUCAGCAACAACGACAGCGACAUCCUCUUUUGUUGUCCCACCACCGCGCACCUCCUCCCUACCUGCUGCUGAAUCCCCCACGCCUAAGCCUCGCAAGACCUCGCGGCCAUCACCCAUCCACACACACUCGGCGCCUAUCCGCCUACUAUCCGGCGCCACCCUAAUCGGUACUCUAUCUCCAGCCCUUCGCACAUCGUCCUCGUUCGCCAUGCUUCCCCGCACAUCAACCUCCUCCGCCCGCACUAUGGGCGGUUCUCUCGUCUCGGAUCCAACGACAGUCAAGUCCACGCUGCCCAACUUCCCCUCCACCAACCUCGCCGAUCUCGUCCAUCCUCGCUCCGCACCUCUGCCUCCCUGCCGCCGGACACCCUGCGAACCGUCAUCCGCCGCCCCAUCAGCCUCGUUCUUCGAUUUUGACUCCUCAGACUCAGAGUCAGAUGAUAGCCCUCCCAUUGCACGCCUCGUCAAGUCUCGCCGCGCUGCUACUUUUAAGCCCGCCAGCCCGCGCCGUAGCGGCGACGCGCCCCGCCCACGCCGCAAAUCUCUAGUGGCCUGGCGUGCCGCCGACGACACCGAGGAGCAUCGCGCCCGCGACGUGUUUGGCCGCAUGUUUGGCCGGGGCUCCCGGGGCCACAGUUCAUAA